ACCUUGGGCAUAGUUACAUAUCCACCAAACCUGAAUUUCUGGUGUGUGUGUCGUUCAGUGUGGUCCUGGCCACGCCUCAAAUCCGACCGACACGCCCAAGUAGUCGUUAUGGAUCAAGAGCCCAAGGACUCGGGACGGCCCCUGGAAAUGGGAGCGGGUGGGGGUCUGCAUCCUAGUGGGAGUGGCAUGUCGAACCAUCAUAUCCCAGUGGAAUUGAGAGAUCUGCACUGCCCCACCACGCCCUCAUGCGCCAGUCCGGGCCCGGCCUCGCUCUCGGCCCAGGACGAAGCCAACAAACGCCGCAGUUCUCGGGCGAUCAAACGCAAACGAUUUGACGACGAAAUCGUGGAUCGACCUCCUUCUCAGCCCUCCACGCCCAUCCCAGCCGCCCUCCAUCCACCGCCAACCACCGCUCCGGCUUCAUCCGCGACCAUGACUCACUCGAGCGCAUCCACGGCCACCCAUCACGCCCACCUAGACCAAUCCGACGAGAAAGAGUCCGGAGGCGGUAGUAGUGGGCAGGGCAAGGGCAAGUCCGCCCCUGGCAAGAUCCAAGCUUCUUUGGAUUUGGACGCUUCGAUGCUGUCAAGUGCGCGGAAUCUCCGGAAAAAGGUCCAACAAAAGAGCAAGAAGAAGAAACGCGAAGGGGCGUGGCGGGAUUUGGGUCGUUGGAAGCCCACCGACGAUCUAGCCUUGAUCACGGGCGUAAUGCAAACCAACGAUUUGCCCACGGUCUAUCGAGGUACCAAGUUCACGUGCCAUUUCUCGUUGUUCGAGAUCCAGGAACGUUGGAAUGCGCUGCUCUACGAUCCGAUCAUCUCCAAGUUGGCCGUGCAAGCCAUCAAGAAUCUUCAGCCCGAGAUGGUGUUGGCCGUCCAACGGAAAGCGCUCUUCAGCCAACCGGAGACCGAGCUUUUGAAAGGCAUCGAGGCCAACAAGACCCCCCAGCCCACUUUGAAGGACUUCGAGGCGCUCUUGGCCCAGAAUCCGCACGUGUUCUUCCACACGCGCACGCCCCGAUGUCUGGCCCAUUAUUGGCAGAGCCUCAAGCAGUUCACCCUCCUCCCUGAUCAGCAAGUCCAGCCUUUGCCUAAGGACAACCACAUCCUGAACUUCUUGGACGCCGAGGCCAACAUCAAUGAUGGGGAGCUGUACGAGCCCAAACAAGAAAGCUUGGACCUCGAACUCCGAUCCACGGACAAAAGAGUGAAAAAGGAGAUUCGUCAUUUGGAGGCAGAGAUCAACAAGUGGCAAGUUCUGGUGGACAAGGUUCGUGGCGACAAUCCGCCAGACUUUGACAAUCAGACCUUGGCCGUGUUGAGAGGAAGGCUCGUUCGAUAUCUCAUGAGGAGCAAAGAGAUCACCCUGGGUCGGACUUCAAAAGAUCAGUCAGUGGAUGUGGACCUGAAAUUAGAAGGCCCCGCUUGGAAGAUCUCCCGCAAACAGGGGGUGAUUAAACUCAAAAACACGGGCGAGUUCUACAUUGCCAAUGAAGGCCGCAGGAGUAUUUUCGUCAACGGCAAACCCGUUCAAAGGGGCGAGAGCGCUCGUUUGUGCAACAACUCCGUUUUGGAAAUUGCCGGACUUCGCUUUGUAUUCCUCAUCAACGUGGAUUUAACCGAUGCCAUCCGCCAGGAGACGUGCAAGACCAACCAACUCACGAGUGCUUGAAUUCUGAACCCGUUCUCCCUUUUCAAUACGACAGUAAAUAAGCAAUGAAUGCGCACUUCAUAUCGUCUUUUCCAAUUCGGCCUCUGGCUCAUUUAAUCAUGAACAAACAAGAUCAGCAACACGAGAAUACAUAUACGCCAAGAUGCCUGA